AAUACAAGAACAUUUAAAAUAGGAAAAGAAAAUGUCUAGAAGUAGUGAAGAUGAAGUUCGUUAUCAGAGAAGAUCAAUUAGUUUCGACAUAGGUCUCUAUGCCGAAGCGCUUGAAAUGUCGUAUGAUGAAAAUAAGGAUUCAAACUUUGAAAUAUUGAAUCAAAGAGUUAGUAAAAAGGCUAGCUGGAAUGAGGAUACAUCUUUAUUGGAUAUGACACCCGGCUAUAUUGAUAAAAAGCGAGAUUUAACUAAUGGCUAUGACGUCAUACUUAAAAGAUUGGCGAAUAGAUUAACAACUGUUGAGAAUGCUAAAUAUAUUGACUAUUUUAUAAGAGAAAAAUCAUUUUUAAAAUUGCCAAAAAUUAAAGAAAAAUCCUACUUAAAAAAGCAAGAUUCUGCACUCAUUGAACAAUAUAAUAUAAAAUGCUAUUUUGGUGUUGAAAAGCUAUCAGAAGCUGGAUUUUAUUACGAUGAAGAUGAAGAAUUAAUCAAAUGUUUCUAUUGUUCGAAAAGAGCAUCUAGGAAAUCGUAUUACGAAGAUAUUUGGAAGCAACAUUUAACAAAUUGUAAUUUUGUAAUGUAUUUAAAAGGUUAUAAAUUCUUUGUUGAAAACUGCAAAUUGGAUGAAAUUAAAUUUGAAAUUUUAAUGAAAAAUGACUAUAUAUAUGGAGUAAAAGAAGAGGAGAUGGAUGAACCUAACUAUCAAACAUUUAAGAGCCGUUUAGAGACAUUUCAAGAUGUCUCCUUUGAUAAUACCUCUGUAAAAUUUGCAGAAGCUGGAUUCUUUUGCAAUUCGGUUAAUAAUGUUAAAUGCUUUUUUUGUGGUUUAAUAUUGAAAAAUUGGAAACAGUAUACUGACAGAACGCCUCUAGAGUAUCAUGCUCAUUUUUCAAAAACGUGUUUCUACGUCAUUACUGUUGCAGGACAAAUAUUCGCAGAUACUUGCAGAAAUGAUCAGAAUUUUAAUUGCAAGUUAGAAUCUAAUCAAAGCUGAAUAGAAUAAUAAUUACCUACAUUUAAUCCUAUAAAAUUCGAAAUGUAUAAUCUCCCAUGUUUCUCUCUUAAUUAUUUAACGAUAUAAAAGCAUCUAUUUCUCUAUUUGAGAAGGUUACAGUCUAGUUUAACUAAACAAGGAAAUACUAAGAAAUCAAAUUCCUGGAAUUCCUCGGAAGAAUUUUCAGAUUAUAUCACGGAAUAAGCAUACAAGUUUCAUAUGAAAUUAGAUUGACUAUGACGUCAUAGCUUGCGGGAGAAAGAAAAAAAUGACGCUAACAUCGAAUUAUAUUAUAACUGUAUAGUGUUUACUCCAUCUUUUUUUAGUAAUACUAUUCGUCUGAAAUAAAAAAAAAGCAUGGCAAAUAUUCAUUUCUAACUCUUAUAUUCGAUGAUUUUCAAAUCAACGAUAUUAUCACAAUUGGUACAAUAUUACAUAUAUAUGUAGUUUUUUUUUUGACCAGAUUACACGAACACAACUAUUUAAAAAUAUAUAUAAUUCACGUUAAAUAGAAAAAUGACUAUUAUGCAUUAUAAAUGAAUUUUUUAAGAUUAAUACUGACAAUCAGUCAAACGCACAGUAAAGAUAAAAAUAAUAGCUAAAAGAUAUAUAAGUAAAAUAAACAAUUUAGCAAUAUAUUCAUUAUUUUCUGACACUUUUUCAUUCUCAAUAUAUCUAGGCCAUAAGAACCAAUAAGGACUUUGAAAUUUACGAAUAUUCAUUUCUUAUUUUGUUGUAAAUCAAAGCUAAUUGUGUCUGUCCUUUAAGUUGAUAUAAUCAAAAUAACAAAUUAUUUUUUUUCAGUUUCAUUUUUGUUUAAAUAAAGAUUUAAAACAAAUUAAUCAGAGAUAGUUUUAAAGUUGAUAUGAAGCUUACUACUUCCGGAAUGGUUUUUAAUAGUUUUCAGUCAAGUUUACCAGUUUAUUGAGUAUCAUAUGUAGAAAGAAGAGCUGCGUCAACCGGUUCCAUACAGGAUGGACAAGUGGCUGAUCUCAUUAACCAGUCAUCUAUACACUCUCUAUGAUAAGUAUGAAGACAAGGUAAAAAUCUCAGCUGAUCGCCUAGUACAAAAUCUCCCAUGCAUAUUACGCAUCUGAAAAAUAAGACUGCAUUAGCAUUUGAAAAACAAGAAAAAACAAAUAUCCUUGACAUGCAAAAGUCAUUCUAAACUAUUCUAUAAAUAGACUACUAAAUAAACGUUUGUAAUAGUAUUCUUAGUGUAGGUAUAUAAAAUCCAAUAGACUUUUUGAUGUAAAUACAGUAAAUUUAAAUAUUCAAAAGUUUUGUUUACGUCAGCGAAGAAACUGUAGCCUUCUUAUUAAAUUUUAUGUUAUUACAAUUGAAUUUUUAUCGAUUUGGUAUGUUAAGCUUGAAAAAUAUAAAAAACUCAAACUGAUUACUUCACGCUAAAAAAUUGAACUUACUCUUUUCCUUUCUUAUCCGAACCGUCAUAAACACCUGUGGGUAGAUGUUGUAAUAGACCUAAUCGUUUUGCUAUCUUUAUUUGUUCAUCUUCUGUCAGUUGGCUGGCUGGCCUACUUACAUUGGGUGAUGGAUAAUAGAUCGGCACACUUUCCUAUAAACAAAAGAAAAUAAAUUAAUUUACAAGUUCAGAUAUGUUUUAAAUAAUAAAAAUAUUUUUGUCAUUCGACUUUGACAGCGCCCUCUAAUAUUUUCAACAUCAUGUAAAUUUCCUGUUAUUCAUCCUGUUCGUGAUAUAAUUUAACUUUCUAUAUAAAUAACUAGCUACUACUAUAAAAUAUCUUAUUCCUAAUGUACUUUUCAUGUGGCUUGAAGCUUUCUUAUCUGAAAAAAAUAUAUAAAACAGCUGAUUACGAAACCUCGUAUGGAGGUGGUGGUCCUAUAUUCGAAUCUGACGUUUCGUGGCUGUCGCUACCACGUAGUAAAGAUAUAUCAUCUUGUGUUUGAGACUUUAAACAGUUUCCCAUCUUAUGCACUCAGUUUUUCGUCCAUACGAUAAAAAUUUCUUGGUUUUUUCAACGUUUUUCCGAGUUGAAUCAUAACGUUGAGGACAAAGAUGAAAGUAGGUGU